AGUCAAGGAGUUGGGGCCUCACACCGGUCCUCCACAUUUAUUUGGAAAGAAAUCAUUUGCUCCCGUUCUCGAUGAUGAGUGAAAUUGAGAGGGAUUUAUCUGGUUAUUAUCCAGGUAACCCCGGGUUACACUUUUGUUUAUCGUUGCCAAGCGAUUCAAUAAAGGUUAACUCGAGGGCCACAUUUUCGGGGGAGAAGUAGAAUUUUCUUAUCAAUUCAUUCAAGUUCGAAGAUUUUCACGGAUUUCGAAGAAGCAGGAGACAAUGAAGCACAACGGCAGUCGGAGUGCGAGUCCCCGGAGAUCUCGUGCAGUGGAGGAUGGUAUUCGUGACUCUCGUUCACGUUCAAGAUCACGAGACCGAAAGGAUGGCCACAGACCGAUGAAGGAGUACUCGAGGUCGAGGAGUCGUUCAGUAUCACGUGGACGAAAAGCCUAUCGCAAUGCCAAAUAUUCAGCUGGACGCAGUCGUAGUCGUGGCAGAUCACCCUAUCGCAGUGGUGGUGGACGAUACUCCAGGAGCAGAUCAAGGUCGUACUCUCGAUCGAGAUACUCGAGGGAGAGGGACAGACACAUCUAUCGCUCUCACUCGAGAAGUCCAAUGUCAUCGAGACGAAGACACGUGGGUAAUCGGGAUAAUCCGUGUCCCUCGAGGUGCCUCGGGGUAUUCGGACUCUCCAUUUACACCACUGAACUACAGAUUCAUCAUAUUUUCUCAAAGUACGGACCUGUUGAACGUGUGCAAGUCGUUAAUGAUGCUAAGACUGGACGGUCUAGAGGAUUUUGCUUUGUGUAUUUUGAAUCGAGUGAGGACGCCAAAGUUGCCAAGGAGCAAUGCUCAGGGAUGGAAAUUGAUGGAAGACGUAUCAGAGUUGAUUUUUCUAUAACUCAACGGGCCCACACACCCACCCCUGGUAUUUACAUGGGAAAACCCACACAUUUGCACGAUAAGGGGUGGAGUGGACCUAGACGUAGAGAAAGCUCUAGCUACAGAGGAAGUUAUCGUCGAUCGCCCAGUCCCCACUACAAUCGUCGCAGGACACGUUACGAUCGCACCAGGUCACGCUCUUACUCUCCACGUAAGUCAGAUCCUUCCAUGAUUCCGUCUAUGUAUGAACUCACUAUACCAUAAAUACGACAUGCCAGUCUGUAUUCUUCAGAUUAAUUCCCUUCCCUCAAGACUAAAAUAUUUCAAUGGCUCUGAUCGAUUGUCACUCGAUAAAAAUUCACCACUAGAAAAAAAAAAUAUUCUGGAUUAAUACAUUGGCUGGUGUGUCUCUAUCACUCGAUUUAUCGUUCCAUUUAACAUUCUACUCGAUUAAGGUAUUGAGAAAACCCAUAAAAUAUGGACGACAAACUGACGAGAGAUGCGUUGAGAGCCUCGGAAUUAUUUCAAUAGAUAAAUAUAAAUUUUUUAAUACGACCCUUGUUACUCACGGGUUCAAACAGAUUCAUGCAAAUUAUUAGUAUUUUUCUUUCUGUUGCUUAAUGAAUUUCAGGUCGAUAUUAAACUGAGCGAUCGAGAAGGCCAGGUGUUUCGGGAGCCAUUUAUCUCUUAACUUUAAUCCUCCCCCCGUUGUUUUUUUUUUCUCUUUUCUCCCAAAUCUCAUUUUUGUUUCUCGUUUUGAAAGAACAGAGUCGAGUGAUUUUACUAGUUGCUUUGUUUUUUUUUCGAGGGGUCGGUUUGACGUGGACGGGAGAUAGAGUCCAGUACUCAUCUUACUCUGCCCUGUUUUUUUUUUUUUGAAACGUGGAGUCAAUUAAGGAAUUGUUAAUUGCAAAUUAGAAUUACCAUUCAAUUUUUUUCCAUUUCAUUGAAUUCGGAAUCCAUUGCUUGUCACUAUUCGAAGUUUCGUUCAAAUUUUAAAACCGCUUUGAAUUAACUCAUUCGGUUCUGAGGGAUGUUUUGAAAAAUAUUUGAAUUUCAAUCCCUCAUUUGUGAUUCAAUUUAUUCUGAUAAAUUACGCACUUGGGGCUCAGUAAGGUGAGAAUACUGACAUCCUUUUUUUCGUGAUAAAAAAAGCUUUCCUUUUUUAUUAUGGAGAUAAGAUUGGGGAUAUCCUUUCUAUAUUCUUAUGGCUAUAAUGUAAAGGUUGGAAUAUGAUGGAGCUAUCGAUUUUCUUAUAAAUUUUUUAAUUGAUUGAGUAAAUGAUUGUGGUAAAGGGACGAAAUGAAUUGCCACUGGAUUAGCGACAAUCCUUUUUGUUCCUCUACGAAUUAAAUAAACGAAUGAAAAUCCAGAGAUAACUUUCACUGAGACAGUUGUAUUCCAACCGUUUUAACGAGUCUCCUUCCCCAUUCUCGAGGGUACGACUACUAAAUGUGGUAAUUUUUUCCUUUGAAAAAAAAAAACCUAUGCAAACCAUUUAUUAUAAGCAAUUACCAUAAAUAUAUAAUACAUAUGGAAAGCAACACUGUAACUCCUCUAACAUAUUUGUUUGUUUAUAAGGUUUUGAAUCAAGAGGUAUUGGAUGAUAGAGGGAAGUUUGAAGUAUAAAAAACGUUGAAAAAUUGUUUGGGCAAGAUAUCAUGAAGAUUUAAUGCUGAUAACAAGAAACAAAAUUCGAUAAAGUUCAAUAUUCAAGAAAAUAUAAAAGUCAAGGUUUAAGUUAACGCGUGACAAAGAAUAUGAUCUACAGUUUGACGACGAGAGAAGUCUUGGAGACUUGAAGAGUGAAAAUAAAAAGUCCUCAACGUAUGAUGUUUUGAGGGGAUUAAAGCAUCAGCAAGAGACGAUAUGUAAAAAAAUACAUUAAUAAAAAAAAAAGUUUCGGGUGCACCUGAAGAUAGAGUAUUCAAGAUGUUCAACGAUUGUUCAUUUUCAAGAGUACAUUGUUCUCAGCUGAUCAUAUUCUUUAUCAGUUUGAUACCAACAACAGGAUUACGGUGGGAAGCUAUGAAGAAAUGAAACUAUUGUUUAUUAAAUUAAAGUGGAAAGAUAUAUAUUUACUAUGUAAAUUCCACAGUCAGUCCC